GACAUUCCUGGUUUACAAGUGGCCUCCUUAGUGUUUCCAAAGAUUCCACGAUCACUUGGAAAGACGGAACCAACUUUACCGGUGUGUCCUCUGAUUGGUGGAAUGAAGACACUGCAGACAGAACCAAUCACCUGAUCUAUUCCUAUAAGGGUGAUACUUAUAAAUGGAACCUCGCAGAAACAUCUUUAGAGGCAGCUUAUAUUUGUGAAAUCGAUCGUGCUGAGGCUUUUCGAAUCAUGGUGGAAUCACGUGGGAUUGACUAUGGAACAAACUACAGUAAUCCGAAUGAUAUUCCGAGAGGACCAGAGAUUAUUAAAGAGCCAGAAGACUUGGUGAUCGUAACGGGAGAAAGCUCCGCUUUUAUUGAAUGCAUUGCCAUGGGUAACCCGAAACCGACCUACAAAUGGUAUCGUGAGGUGUUUACAAGAGAAGAGGUUUCCUGGAAAAUCGACACACGCUAUACAACAACCAACGGUCGACUCACCAUCUCCAAUCCAGUCGAUCAAUUAGAUACAGGGGACUACCAGUGUGAGGCAAGCAACAAGUUUGGCUCGGUCUUAAGUAGAAUUGUACAGGUCUCUUUCGGAGUGCUUAGUGAAUUUCCCUCAGAUGAUAUCAUACCGCAAAAUGUCCGGGCCGAGACGGGAGCAGUGUUCCAGUGCCCACAAUUACACUAUAAACCUGAAGUAGUUUACAGAUGGUAUAAAGACGAACCGUGGAACUUCGUCUCGUCCAAGAGAUUUCCAAACAUUUUCCUGUCCAGAAACGGGAAACUUUAUUUCUCCGAGCUAACUUCUGCCGAUACCGGUUUGUAUUACUGUCUGGCUAGCCUUGCACCCGACCUCCAUUCAAGACUGAGUUCUGACAGUGGGGCGGUUAUGGUCAGUAUGCCGACUCCUGUUGUUGUCAAAGACAAUGCUGCUGCCAUGAGAAAUCCGGUCAUUCACAAUGACUUCAUUGCUAUCUUCCCCACAUCGGUUCUGCUAGGCGAAACCAUUUCUAUGGAAUGUAUGGCGUUUGGAAGCGAACCCCUCAAAUAUCACUGGACCCGGGAGAACAAAGGUAUGCCUGACCGAACUACUUUCUAUAGCAACAACAGAGAACUUCGUAUAUCAGAUGUGAAGCUUGGUGAUAGUGGUAUCUAUACGUGUCACGUGAGAAGUGGAUACACGUGGAUGUCUACGAGAAAAUCUGCUUACCUGAAGAUAGAAGCUAAACCUACGACAGUCUAUCCACUGAAAAGUCGACUCAUAGACAAAGGAAGUAAUGUAACGUGGCGAUGUAUGGUGAUAGCCAUACCUAAAGCACACUUUACCUGGUACAAGAAUUCGAAACUAUUGACGAAUGGCAACGGCGUAGAAAUAAACGGCAAUACACUGAAGAUAACAAAUUUAUCAGCGAAACUCCAUAACGGCAUAUACCAGUGUGUAGCUACCAAUAAGCACGGAAGCAGCUACACUGCAGCACAGCUUCGGGUUGUUGAAUUUAAACCAACUUUCUUCAAGAACCCGGUCACUCCCAUUCAGACUGUGUGCCGUGGAACAAAUACGACUAUUAUGUGCCGACCGGAAGCUGCACCGUAUCCAAACUUUACCUGGACAAAGAACGGCCAAGAGAUUACAGACAUUGAAAACAAGGUUACUAUACUUCCCAACGGCAAUCUGAUAUUACACAAUAUUCAAGACGAUGAUGCUGGUAUCUAUACAUGCGCUGCAACCAACCCAUUAGGGACAGCAUCAAGUUCCGGAAAUCUGACAGUUGUUGGACGCAGUGCCAUUCCUAUCGGUCCAAGAGCCAGUCAAGUUCUGUUGAAUGAAACAGCAUUCUUGUAUUGCCAAGGAUCUGUGGUUCCGUUCAUGGACCAUGUUUACAAGUGGCUCUUUAAUAAUCAACCGAUUGCAGUCGACAAAGAUCCCCAUUAUUCUAUGGCCACCUCUGAUAGAGACCAACGUUCUGGAUUAUACAUCAGAUCUGCACAGUUUAGACACAGCGGAAUAUAUACUUGUAUUCUUGAGACUCCAGUUGACUCCGUUGAGUCUUCAGCAAUGCUUUAUGUCAAAGGACCUCCAGGCCCCGUCGCAGGCGUGUAUGCGCUACAACUACCUGGGAUAGAAAGAGGAUUCCAAGUAAUAUGGACUGACGGCGACUCUCAUAUGGCACCUAUACAGUUCUUUACCAUUUUAGCGGCCAAUAAUUACCACCGGAAUUACGUUCCUAUUGUCGAAAAUAUACCCUAUCAAAAUACACUGCUCUCAACCAAAUACCCGCGCUCCUUUAUAGUUGAAAAGCUGUACCCAGGCCUACAGUAUUCGUUUAAAGUUCAAGCAACCAAUUAUUUUGGCAGAGGCCCAGUGAGUUUACCAUCAGUGUAUUACUCUGUGCCUGAAGAUUCUCCUGACAAGGCUCCUGAUGAGGUCGGUGGUGGUGGAGGAUCAGUCGGGACUCUGAAGAUAACGUGGACAAAACUUGAGCCUAAAGACCAAGGAGGAAGUGGCAUUGGCUAUAUGGUAUACUGGAGGGAAAAGUUCGAUUCUCCGUGGUUAUUUACAAAAAUCGAAGGCAAUAUGAAUGAAUUUUCCGCCUAUGUCGGCCGCAGUAAAUUUUACACUAAAUACGAAGUUCAAGUUCAGGCAUUCAAUAAUAUCGGACCAGGGCCAAACUCUUCGAUUGUGACCAUUUAUUCGGCAGAAGAUUUACCUGUAGCAGUCCCUGAAGAAAUUGGAGGGUCUGGAUAUAAUGAAUCGGCAAUUAAUGUCACAUGGAGUCCGGUACCCGAAAAUCGAGAAACGGUGAAAGGCAAAGUGCUGGGGUAUAUUAUCACCUACUGGAACAGAUGGGAAGCUGACCCCUUAGUGACCGGGGUUUCAUAUCCUGGUCAAAGAAGUUGGGGCCUAAUAACUGGCCUCAGGUAUUUUGAUUCCGAUCAUUUCAUGUACGUCCAGGUAUACAACAGCGCCGGGCCUGGCCCGCCAAGCAGAAGGGCAACUAUUACAACUAAAGGUGAAGCCCCACUUUUAUACCCACGGAUUAUUCGAGUCAAAAGCCACGGACCUGACACCGUUAAGGUCACUUGGAGAGGAAUAUCAACUGGGAACACCGAGGAAGCUUUGAAAGGUUACAAGGUUCGAGUGUGGGCACUGAACAAUGACAUCAGAACAGCACGUGACUACUUAAUGCCACGUGAUACAAAUUUGGGUAUAAUUAACGGUAUACGUAAGGGUGUCCUCUACAAUCUAAGAGUGCUUGGUUACAGUAACGGAGGGGACGGAAAGCUAAGCCCCAUGGUCGUUUUCACACUGGUACCAAGUCAAAGAAUGAACAUUGGUGACAUUGUGAAAAGAUUCUACUUGGCUUACUUAAAGAUUAAAGUUGGCGAUCUGGAUAAAUCGUGGGCCCACACAAUGAUCUACCUUCACUGCAAGGUAAAAUGUGAAGUAGAUAUAAAUCAUGAGCAUAACAGUGAUAUAGACUUUGUAGAAACAUCAACCAAAGAACGUGAAAACUUCAACCAGACAGAGCUUAAUGAUUUAGUUAGAGACCCAGGACUGUCAAAAGUGUUAUCAGGACUGUUAGCUUCUAGGCUUGAAGAGAAGAAUUUGUUACAGAAAGAAACAAACGUGACUUUUUUUUAUCAGAACAAGGAAAAAGAUCUCUUGACAUUCUUUACAAUUGGAAGAGAUUUUGUUUACUGCUGUGACGUGGCAGGACUGUUAAACAUGAUGGGUGUUGAACAGUAUGAUCUUAGUUAA